CGGUAAACAGAAAGGUAACUGGCAGUGUGGGCAGGCAGUGAUUCCAAAUCGUGUAACGUCCACUGUCGACGUAUUUUUAUUUAGAUUAUGACCCGAUAACGCCGAUAUUUGUGGGAUUUAUCGCUGUCGGCUGGGGGACGUGGUUAUAUCGAGCUGAAGAACCCGACAUGGGUUAGAGUAUCGCCGAGACCAGGCUAGCUGUGUCAGAUAUUAGCCCAACGGUCAUAACCGCCACUGAGGAUUUUUCCAGAUGUGUGAUGGCGGGAAUCUACGAUGAAGGCGAAAAGCGAUAGCAUGAUGCUAAUUUCCCUCAUAUAAAGGAAUGGGACCCGCACUGAGAAAACCCGCCUUUCCGAGACUGGACCACCUGGAGAUUCGAGUCUGUGCAGCUCUUUGUAGCUACAUUCUGCUCUUCUACCAUUAAAAAGGGCAGAGAAUCUGAAACGUAGCACCUGCUUCGCAACAUCAUUUCCCUACCUGCAACAGCACACCUACCAGGCCAGAGUAUGCCAUCUGCACAAACCCACAGAAUCCUACGACCCCUUCUGCUUGGUACCUUCUUACUGGGCUGUUUUGUGACUUUGUUUUUGAUGUACCUCAAACCGUCCACUAGCUGGUUGUCGGGGCCUGUUGAAUCAGAAACCUCCACUGCCCGAGUGAAGAGCCUGCUGUCCAACAGAAGCGAACAGGACCAGACCACGGUGCUUGUUUGGCUUUGGCCGUUUGGAGAAACGUACGACCUGAAUGUCUGCAGCGCGCUGUUCAACAUCGACGGCUGCUUCAUUACCGCCGACCGGAACCUUUACAACAAGUCCGAUGCCGUCGUUAUCCAUCACAGGGACAUCAGCACCGACCUGUCCAACAUGCCACCGGCUUAUCGGCCCCCACUUCAGAAAUGGAUUUGGAUGAACCUCGAGUCACCGUCACACUCGUCUCAGUUACCCGGGAUUGAAAACUUGUUCAAUCUGACUCUGAAUUAUCGGCAGGAUGCUGAUAUCGAAGUGCCUUACGGAGCGAUCGUCGCGGCCCGAAGAGAGGAACACUUUGUGCCCCCGAGCAAGAAUAAGUUGAUCUGCUGGAUCGUGAGCAAUUGGAACCCAGAUCACGUUAGAGUGAAGUACUACAACGAACUGUACAAACACAUUGAGAUUCAUGCGUACGGUCAAGCUUUCGGUGAGUACAUAUCUGACCAGGACUACUUCCCCACUAUCGCCAGCUGUAAGUUCUAUCUGGCGUUUGAGAACUCGAUUCACAAAGACUACAUCACAGAGAAACUCUACAACCCACUCUCUGUCGGCACGGUGCCCAUCGUCCUGGGCCCACCGAGGGAGAACUAUGAGAAUUUCGUGGAGGGCGACGCCAUCAUCCACGUGGAUGACUUCUCCUCCCCGAAAGAGCUGGCCGAGUAUCUCCUGUUUCUGGACAAGAACGAGGAGCUCUACCUGAGGUACUUUGACUGGCGCAAACACUUCAAGGUCAAGAAAGCCUAUUUCUGGGCCGAGCACACAUGCCUUGCUUGCGAUUACAUCAGACGACACAAUGAGUACAAAGCAUUUAAUAAUCUUGACAAAUGGUAUUGGGGUUAAUCCACAUGCAGAUAUCGUCCACAGAUAUCUGGCGUUCAGCUGAAUGAAUGGUCGGCACCGAGAGCUCGAUUUAACUCUGGAGGGUCUGCCGUAAGCCACAUAAAUUGCCUGGUUUUAUUUUUGUAAAAUGUAAAUGUUAACUUAUUUUGGUAGUCUUAGUUUACACCAUCCUCCAUAUUUAUUAAUUUGAAUGCAAAGAACAUAUUUUAUUAUGUGACAACAUUUGCUACUGUGUUUUUUUCUUACUGCCUUCUUAUUUAACAUACGGUUUCAUUAGAAAUGUCAAAUGUGAUACAAAACGGCAUUCCACGUGCACAUGCUGUGUCUGUUAUUGGGAGUGACUACACUGCAACAGAGAAAAUAAUGAUGUAAUUGUUGACUAUGAAAUAUUUGUGUAUUAUUUAUUUCGUUCUUAUGUUGUGUAGAUGUUAGUACUUGUCGGUCAUCUAUGCAGUGUUUACAGAACUGUGUAUAGUCCAUCUGCUGUAUUGUGUCUAUUAAUUUUGGACAAAUCUGCCUUUCG